UUCUCUCUCUGUUUAUUUUCGAGAGCCACAUUAACCCACUCCUCCCCCUCCCCUGGAAAUGGGUGCCCACACGGGCAUCGUCCCCCACCCCAUCAAACCAGCUCCCACCACACCUCAUACCCCUUCUUGACACAGCCUCUUCCCGCAGAUCAGUUCUCUCACUGGCAGGUGGAGCAUGGGGGCCAUGGCUGGAAGGUGGAAGGGAACCGCUGCCCGGUCGAGGGCGCCCCGGCCCAGACCUGCUUUGUCUCAUCAUUUCAGUGGUGCAUCAAAUCGCAGCUCGUAGAUCUUCUAAAGGAGGGGUUGUGGGACGAACUGCUGGAUACCUACCAACCGGAAAUCUACAUCUCCGAUUGGUGGGGUGCCCGGGAAGACUGUGGCUGUGAAUACUCCAUCUGCGUCAGGCUCCUGGCUGCCAACAGAAGUACUGUAAUCGCUGAAUUCCAAGCCAACCCCGAUCCCAUACAACAGUGGAACGACGCGCAGUAUCACCAGGUGUCCUACCGGUUCAGGCAGUACGGGCGCGGCGUCCGGUAUGUGCAUUUCCUC